GUUCCUGUGCCCACACGAAUCUGGUGAUUUCUCAAGAAGAUAUCUGUGACGGAUUUUAUCAAUGCGAUGAUUAUUCGGAUGAAAUGUCUUGCGAUCAUGCAGACGUAGUUUUGGAUGAAGGAGAAUCGUUUGGCAUAAAGAUUGUAAAUGCUGCACGUAGAUCAUAUAAUACUACGAUACUUCGUACAAAUUCAACAUUGGGAUUCCGAGUGCAUUUCAGUUCCUCCGAAUACUGGGAUGGGUACGGAGCUCGUAUUGCAAUUGGUACACAGACCAACUCAAGUCCAAUCUAUCAAUGGUCCUCGACCAGUAACUACCAUUAUUUCUACAAUGACUAUGAUGUGUAUGUGACGACGAAUGAAAUAUGGACUGCAAUCGUUGGUGGUGUUCAUCAUGCGUAUGGGUCUAUGGAAUUCAAUGUCACUUCGGUUGAUAUACCAGACUUGUAUACCUGCCCGGGAAAUCCCCAUAUCGGAAUUCCUCAUAGUAGACUGUGUGAUGGAAGGUAUGACUGCAGCAAUUAUGAAGAUGAAUUGUCAUGCAACGCAUCUGCAGCAAUACUUAUUAACAACGAGACGUUUUACUUCAGUGUCUACACUUGGUACUACGAUUAUCAACGACUUUACAGAAAUUGGCUCUUCGAAACGAACACUGGAAAUGGCUUUCGUGUUGACCUGUAUACAUACGUGGAAUGCUUUGACUAUUACUGUGGACAUGAUGCAGUGUUCAGUAUUAUUAUUGGGACAGGAAAAGAUUCAACCAACCAGGAGUCAGUUGUUCAAACAUUCACUACCAAGACUACUCAUUGGUGGUUGUAUACGUAUGAAGAGUUGUAUGUUGAGAGCCAAGAAAUAUGGAUAGUUUUGAUUGGUCCGCAGUUAGUUGGAAAUGGUGUCUACGGCGAUCUUAAUUUAGACAUAAAUGCCGUUAACAUGUCCGGAUGGAUACCAUGCAAGGAUUCAAGAACAAGUGUGCCUCCAGAUUACGCAUGUAACGGACGGUACGAAUGCGACGAUUACGGAGACGAAACAUCAUGUGAUCGUUCACCGACCAUCCUCAGUGAAGGGGAAUCUUAUGCCAUCUCAGAUUUGGAACUGUUUGAACGGGAACACCAUGCCUUUAUUCUACAAACCAACCAAUACUCUGGAUUUCAUAUCAGGUUUCAGCACAUAUCUCUUGGCUGUUGUGAUGAGCGAGUGCAGAUCGGAACGGGGACUGACCUAUCUGACGUAGAGUCCGUUAUAAUGUCCAUCCAGGGAUACACAAAUUAUGUCGAUGAUGUUUAUGUGAAUACUACCCAUAUGUGGCUUGUCAUGACUGGUCAGAAGGACUCUGACAACUAUCCUAAUGGUCAUGUCGACAUGAUUGUCACUGCUAUCUCUCUUUCUGGUGGUUGUCUCUCAAACCCCUGCCUAAACGGAGGAACUUGCAAUCACCUUGCUGAUGGCGGAUACCGAUGUGACUGCAUGGAUACCUUUACCGGACUCAACUGUCAAAUAGCAAACCCCAAUCCCUGUGUCGAACGAAAUCCGUGUGUCCAUGGUGUCUGCAUUAACGUAGGACAAGGACGGUAUGAGUGCGAAUGCCAAGAUAAUUAUGACGGGAUUCAUUGUGAUGAACCCAUUCUCCCAAUAGAGGUUUCUCAACAUCCGUUUAGCCAAAUAGUCAGUAUCAAUGCCAAUGUGAACCUGACAUGCGGUUUCGACCAUGCCAAGCGGUACCACUGGUACAAAACUGUAAGAGAAGGAGGAGAUGGUGUCCUUUUGACUAACAGUGAGAAUCGGAAUCCUCUGAUGAUCAUGGCUGCCUCGCACAAUGACAUCGGGUAUUACUUCUGUAGAGGUGAAGGUAGAAAUGGAGAAACUUUGGAGACGACGCGAGCAUCUGUAUAUCUUAGAGAUCUAACCAAUUUAGAAGUUUUGAAUGUUCGAUUUGCUACUCCAUUUCGCGAAGAGCUUCGUGACCAAACUUCAAUAAUUUAUAAAGAAACGGCUUCCAAUAUCACCACCUUUAUGGAAGAAGGUCUGAGAACAAGUACAGGUCUCGAAGGUGUAUCGGUAGUAUGUAGAGCUCUCAGACCAGGAAGUAUCGAGGCUGAUUUGAAUAUCUACCUUGAUGAGACCAAUAUGACGGCAUUGGAUACAGAACAUCUAAUUGGUGAUUCUAUUCAAAGCAUGGCAGAAAAUUCCAACGGUUUUCUAGAUUCAUCGUCAAUUUCAGUUCAAAAUAACGCAAUUUGCCGGAAUAUAACAUGGACUUCUCCGCGUCUCGAGAGGGUUGAAUUUCCAGUUGGUGAAAAUGGAACAUGGGCAAACUCAACAGGAAGAUGUCCGUUCAACACUACACAAGCCGAUGGACCCAUUGGACGAGCACUUUGUAUCGGAGAUGGCAUUACACAGAGUCGAUGGCAACCUAUGGAUAAUUGUGGACCUUUUAGAAAUGUUACAGAUAUUCUCACAGAAAUUGCAGAGGCAAGCAUCACCGAAGAAAACGCAGGUGAAGUUAGCCAACAAGUGGAAGCAGUUUCUUCAAAUAUCGAAGACAUCACAUCAGAUGACGUCACAUUGAUAGCAGAGAUUACAUCAAGUAUCGUACAGCAAAAUGUUACAAAUGAACAGGUAACGGAGGAUCUAACUGGUACUCUAAGCAAUGUAGCAGAGGUACAAACAGAUGUACUCGUAGCUGCGGAGGAAGCAGUUUCUAAAUUAGUAGAGGCUUUUGAGGAGCAAAUCAAUCGUGUUGAGGUAGCCGACGGUGAGAUGCUCAACAUUCAGCAGCCAAAUGUUGCUGUACAGAUCCAGAGUGUAUCUGCUGAUGAGGGUAUGGGUGGACUUGUUCUCUCUCUGGCCGGAUCCAGUCUUUCUGAUCUGACUAAGGCCAAUUUUAGCAUCAGCGCUCCGACCCAAGGUGACCACCAGGACGAUGACAUUGCUUCCAAACCAGACACCAUCGCACAGGUCAACAUCCCAUCUUCGGUUUCAUCUGCUAUAUCAUCCACGAAUCCUCUUACGGGAUCAUCGUCGAAUGGCAGCGGUGAAUACAUUCGUAUAAACUUCAACGUUUUUUCAACUCCAGCCUUAUUCAUUUCUAAAUCACUGCGUGAAUUCAGCGCAGAUAAUGAAGCCGUCAAUCGGUCAGCUAACACUCCUGUCAUAGCCGUCAGCAUCGGUGGGAGAAAAGUUGAAUCCUUGGCAGAGUCCAUUAACUUUACCUUUUCGACACUGAUGUCUGGAUAUGAUAAUCCCAUGUGUUCAUUCUGGGAUGAUGAGAAAGCAGAUUGGGCCCAAGAUGGAUGUUCACUUAUUUCUAGAGUCGGAUCAACCGAUGACGAUAAUAGUUAUGCCAACUCUGAAUCAACACAGGAGGGUUCUUUUGAUGAGAGAGUGCGCUGUGCGUGUGAUCAUCUCACCAACUUCGCCGUAUUAAUGGAUAUCCGAGUACAGGAUUCCCCAGAGGCGGUGUACAACAUUCUGACCUACAUCGGAUGCUGUCUCUCGAUCCUCAGUCUCCUUGUCACAUUGGCAACCUAUCUCUGGAACAAGGAUUUGAGGACGAAACAGACCAGUCAGAUCUUCAUCAGUCUAUGUGCAACCUUACUGUGUCUCUACAUAACGUUCGUCAUCAUGAUCUCUCUGGAUUCGAGCAGAGAUUACCGUGAGGUUCAAGCAGGACCUUGUGGGUUUCUUUCAGCCCUUGUACACUACUUCGUUCUCUCCUCUAUUGCUUGGAUGGGAGUGGAAGGAUACAAUACAUAUCUUAUCAUUGUGAAGAUAUUCAACACCUACAUCCCUAACUUCAUGAUCAAGGCAUGUCUGGCUGCAUGGGGAGUUCCUGCACUCAUUGUGCUUCUCACAGGAGUUAUUGCCAGAGAAUCGUACGCCCAUGAUGAUUUGUGUUUCCUGCAAUUCUGGGCUCAAAUUGGUGGUCUCCUGAUUCCUAUGUCUAUCAUCCUCGUCAUCAACAUCGUUAUCUUCAUCCUGGUCAUUCGUCAGUUGUACCAAUCAGCCAAUAUCGCUGGUCGGGUGAAGAGGGAGGCUGAGGUUGAACGUCGAGAGACCAUUGAACGAGUCCAGAAUGCGAUUUGUAUCCUGCUCCUUCUUGGUCUGACUUGGAUCACUGGUUAUCUUCUGCUGAUCCCAUCAUUUAGUCCAGUGGCUCAGCCAAUAUUUAUCGUACUGAACUCCUUCCAAGGACUGUUCAUCUUCCUACUCUACUGCGUCAGGAAACCUCACAUCCGCAAGAAAUGGGGGCUCACUUGUUUUGACAAGAAGAAAGAAGUCAGCACUUCUUCUGGUGGUGUACAGAGUUCACUAAACCCAUCCAGUACGUCAGCUGGCGUCAUGAGCGGCGCGAUUGGAUUGUUGUCCCCAGAUUCAUCAGGUAGUUACAUAUUACCUAUAAAUAAAGCGGAACCUGUAUGUCUGCACAACCCAACAUAUGACGUAGGGCAGAUUGCAGAAGAAGUCGACCCACCACUCGACAGAGAUGUCCAUAGUUCUAGCAUUGGCCAGAUGAAUAAAGACAAUGAUGCAACUGAUGCUGGGAUGGUUAGUUUCCAUGUUGGUUAACUGGCCAAGGAUAUUAAUAAUUUUCAUUAGAUGAGUAGAAUAUUUGAGGUGUGUGUGUUAUAUGGCGUGAAUGAUUGUAUAUUUGGUGAAAAUCAUUUCGGAUUUCAGUAAUGAAGAGCUCAUGCAGUUGCAAAAGGGAUUACGUCAAUUUUUUCAUAUGUCUCAAUGUAUAGAUUUUUAGUAGCUCUAUAAGAUCAUUCCCAUUAUAAAGUGAAUAAAAAUGGCAAAGAAAAAUCACCUUUUUUCAAAGGGGGUUAGGUCUAUUCAGGUGGUUGCAAAGGGGUUAGGUCCACAAAGAUUUCU